AUGCCUUCGACAAAUUUUCAAAUGACCGCUAAACAUCCUGAAUGUUCAGAGAUGACUAUGGAUGAAAAAUAUGUGGAGAGCAUAUGGGGUUUGCUCAAGAACGCAAUUCAAGAAAUUCAAAAAAAAAACAAUUCAGGUCUGAGCUUUGAAGAGCUUUACAGAAAUGCAUAUACAAUGGUUCUUCAUAAAUAUGGAGAAAGACUUUAUUCUGGACUCAGAGAAGUUGUCACACAACAUUUAGAAACAAAAGUUAGAGAAGAUGUUUUAAAAGCUCUCCACAAUAAUUUUUUAACAACAUUAAAUCAAGCUUGGAAUGAUCAUCAAACAUCUAUGGUCAUGAUACGUGAUAUUCUCAUGUAUAUGGAUAGGGUUUAUGUUCAACAUAAUGAUGUUGAUAAUGUCUACAAUCUGGGGCUUAUUAUUUUUAAGGAUCAGGUGGUUCGGUAUGGUUGUAUUAGAGACCAUUUAAGGGAAACUUUGUUGGAUAUGAUAAUGCGUGAAAGGAAAGGUGAAGUCGUCGAUAGAAUAGCUAUAAAAAAUGCAUGUCAAAUGCUAAUGGUCCUUGGAAUAGGAAAAAGAUCUGUUUAUGAAGAAGAUUUCGAAAGGCCAUUUCUUCAACAAUCUGCUGAUUUUUAUAGGAUGGAAAGUCAAAAAUUUUUAGCUGAAAAUAGUGCGUCUGUGUAUAUUAAAAAAGUAGAAGCUCGUAUAAAUGAAGAAGCCGAAAGAGCGAAACAUUAUUUAGACGUGUCAACGGAAACUAGAAUAGUCGAAGUCGUCGAAGAGGAAUUAAUAGAGAAACACAUGAAAACGAUUGUCGAAAUGGAAAAUUCGGGUGUAGUUCACAUGUUGAAAAAUCAAAAAACAGAGGAUUUAGCAUGCAUGUAUAAAUUAUUUUAUCGAGUGACUGAUGGAUUGAAAACCAUGUCGGAUUGCGUGAGCCAGUACCUUAGGGAACAAGGGAAAGCGUUAGUUCAAGAAGAAAAUGGUGGAACGAACGCUAUUAAUUUUGUACAGAAUUUACUCGAUCUUAAAGACAGGUUCGACCAUUUUCUACAUAAUUCAUUCAACACAGAUAAAAUAUUCAAACAAAUGAUAGCGUCGGAUUUUGAACAUUUUUUAAAUUUAAAUCCAAAAUCUCCGGAAUAUUUAUCACUUUUCAUUGAUGACAAGUUGAAAAAGGGUGUGAAAGGGAUGACCGAGCAGGAAAUCGAAACGGUACUCGACAAAACGAUGGUCUUGUUUAGAUUUUUACAAGAGAAAGAUGUUUUCGAAAGAUAUUACAAGCAACAUUUGGCAAAAAGGCUGUUAUUAAAUAAAUCUGUCAGCGAUGACAGCGAGAAAAACAUGAUCUCUAAACUUAAGGAAAUCCAAAGCGAAACUGACAUACCGGAAAGGGAUUUGAUCAGAGCUUUGCAAUCGUUAGCAAUGGGAAAAGCAACGCAAAGGAUUUUAAUUAAAAAUCCCAAAACGAAAGAAAUCGAACCCAGUCACGUUUUUUUCGUGAACGAUUCAUUUUCGUCAAAGUUACACCGUGUUAAAAUUCAAACGGUUGCCGCCAAAGGAGAGUCAGAGCCUGAAAGACGCGAAACGCGGAAUAAAGUAGACGAAGAUCGGAAACACGAAAUCGAAGCUGCGAUUGUUAGGAUCAUGAAAGCAAGGAAGAAAAUGACCCACAACGUUUUAGUAGCGGAAGUUAUCGAACAGCUCAAAUCUCGUUUUCUACCAUCUCCCGUAAUUAUUAAAAAAAGGAUAGAAGGUCUUAUCGAAAGAGAAUAUUUAGCGAGGACAUUGGACGAUAGGAAAACGUACACAUAUGUCGCUUGA